AUGGCGCAACACACGCCCAGAACCUCAUCUCCACCGUCUGACCAUGACCUGGAAGACGGCGAAGAGGAGGCCGCACGUUUGCUAGGGAAGGAACGCGGACGAUGGCCCCCAGAACCAUCUAUCAACAAACCUGCAGCAUAUCGAUCACAAACACACCGCCCCUUUCGGUUGGUAACAGCGCUUUCGGGUUUGCUGAAUGUGUUGCUGGCCGGCGCGCUGGCUUUUAUGCUAUGGCAGCGCUUUCGUCCUCCUCACAAGCCUGAAACGUCAACGUCUACCAUUCAGGAUCGAGAGAUCGCCGGAGACGUCAACGGCAUCUGGCCCAAAUUGACACACCAACUCAAAACCUUCCAACCCGACAACCGCUACGUCGGCAACCUGACCUCCCCGACCUUCAAAGAAGACACCCACCCGCUCUGGAUCGACCUCGUCCCCAAAGGUCUCGGCUUCAUCGAGGUCCCCUUUCCCCAUCCACCCUCGAAAUACCCACACCUUCCCCCGCCGUACAUGAAAUACAACAAGCCCGUCUACACCACCUCCGGCACCCACCAACUCCACUGCUUGUACAUGAUCAUGACAGGCAUGAACGAGCUGGCUCUCAACGGCGGAAAAUUCAAGCCUAUGGACAUGUCCAGCCCAAGUGACCACAACGAGGGCCACAACCCUCGCUCCACCAUCACCAACUCAGACAACGCCUCUAGCGGAGAGGGUGUCGACGAAGCAUACACAGGCUCCGCAAACGACGGCGGCCUCACGCGCGAAGGCGAGGAUCCCGCUGAGCACUUGAGCCACUGCUUCGACUACCUACGUCAAGCGAUUAUGUGCCAUGGCGACACGGCCUUGGAGGGGCUGCAGACGACUUUUGGUCCGGACGUGGGUGGGAGUGAUGGGUGGAAUGUAGUACACGUAUGCAAGAAGUGGGAUGAGGUCUAUGACUGGUUGGAAGGAAGGCGGAUUGAUGAUCGGAUUUGGAUCUGA